AUGUCAAGAGAAGUACCUGAUAGGCGAUUCAUCAACUACCCAAAGCCAAUUGAAGCAACAAAAACCACUUACAAAGCUAGUUUCUUCUGGAGUAACGCUGGUUUUGGUGUUUUGAGACAACUUGGCGAGUUGAUCAAGUAUGAGCCCCGCUACGAUCCCACAGUCAUCCGGAAAGGCACACAAUUGCCCAAUGACGCGGAUCUCCUCUGUCAAUCCGAAAUACUGUAUUCCAGGGCAGAUAGUGGGAGUCCUAGUACAAGAAUCGAACAUUUCAACGCUGCCUAUCAAAGCGGUGAAAUAACGCCAGUCAAGGUUGUUGAAGUCGUACUAGAUCUGAUCGAGAAGGCAUCGCACAAAGCCACGUUCGUUUCGGUCAAAAGAGAUGAUGUCUUCACCGCAGCCAAGGCCUCAGCACAGCGAUUCAAAGAGGGUAAAGCCAGAAGUCUUUUAGAUGGCGUGCCAGUUGCCGUGAAAGACGGUACCCUCAGUGACAAAAACGCAGAUGAGGUCGAUCUUGACGGCCACUCAAAGGCCCUUGGCUCCAGGAUGAGAUUCACAAGCCCAGAAGGCGGCACAUCUUGGUGCGUUCGCAAAUGGGAAGAAGCUGGCGCCAUCAUUAUCGGCAAACUCAAUAUGCAUGAGUAUGGGCUUGACACGUGCGGCAACAACCCUCUGACCGGCACCCCAAUGAACCCUCAGAACCCCUCUUACUACCCCGGUGGCUCCUCCUCCGCCUCUGCCACCACCGUAUCAAGCAACCUCUUGCCCCUAACCCUUGGCGUUGACGGCGGCGGCAGCAUUCGCAUCCCCAGCUCCUUCUGCGGUAUCUACGGCCUCAAACCGACCCACGGCCGCAUAUCCCGCUCCCCCACCAUCUCCGCCGCCUUCUCUACUAGCGUCGCAGGACCGAUGGCCGGGUCGAUGAAAGAUCUCGAACUCGGCUACCGGAUCAUGGCCACGCCUAACCCCAAUGAUGGAGUCAAUGUGCUCUUCGCUCCUCCUCUCCCGCCCUUCCCCCUACCCUCCUUCACCACCAAUCCCAAAGUUCUAGGAAUCUGCCGCCCUUGGUUUGAUGCUGCGGACCCGGCGGUCCUCACAAUUUGCGACGACGCCCUAUCACACUACCGUACCCAAGGCUACGACAUGAUCGACAUAAGCAUCCCAUAUCUCCACGAAGGCCAGCUUGCACACGCCAUGACUAUACUGACUGAAGCCAGCGCCGCCGCUCCACCCUCGCUAUCACAAUUCAGCGCCCCUAACAAAAUCUUAUUAUCAGUAGCGCGCCAAACACCCGCACAUGACUUACUGCUGGCGCAGAAGAUGCGGGAUCUGCUGAUGACACAUCUAGCCCACUUAUUCAAGCAGCAUCCAGGAUUACUGAUCGUGAGUCCCACAACGCCAAUCGCGGGGUGGACCAUAGGGUCAGAGAAAGAAGUCAAGGGCUUAGGAGAGGGUGGGUACGGGGUCAGCGAUGCAAAUACUAGUGUGAGGAAUAUGACGUACGUGUGGCUGGCGAAUUUCACAGGGUGUCCGGCUAUUAGUGUUCCAGUCGGGAUGGCGGAGGGGGUUAAAGGAAGGGUGCCGGUGGGGUUAAUGGCGAUGGGAGAAUGGGGGGACGAGGAGGACUUAAUUGAGUGGGGAAAGGUAGGGGAGGACUGGGCUUGGGGAAAAGAUGGGGGAAUGGAGAAACCAGCGGCAGAAAGGUGGGUUGAUGUUUUGGCGCUUGCAGGGGCUAGGAGGGAGGUGGAAUCGAAUUGA